AUGCCCUCCUCUGCCCCCCUAAUCCGCAAACCCAAUGCCCACAAGGCCGAGAUCCCCAUUAGCUACGACAUCAAUAUCCCCUAUGUUGACGUCGACAAGCAAUCCAAAAUCAAUACCCCAUACCCCCAGUACCUCCCCAACUGGGACCCAAUCUGGUUCGAGCCCCUUCAACCGUUCGAUUACUCCGACCCAGCUCUGCGCGUAAAGGACCGCUCCAAGCGCAAUCUCCUCUCCCCCGGCUCCAAAAUCAACCACAUCCAGCCCUCUAUCGGCUCAGUCGUUGAAGGCGUGCAGCUAAACACCCUCUCCGACUCAGCCAAGGAUGAACUUGCCCUCCUCAUUUCCGAGCGCAAAGUCGUCGCCUUCCCAGAUCAGGAUCUCAUCGAUGCUGGUCCCGAUGAACAGGAACGCUUCAUGCGUCACUUCGGUAAACCUAAUUACCAGCCUGUUUCGGGCUCUGUUCGCAAUCACCCCGCUUUCCACGUUAUUCACCGUGAUGGAAACAGAGAGGAAAUCGAACGCUUCCUCUCCCAGCGCACCACUACCACCCUCUGGCACCAGGAUGUCUCCUACGAGAUCCAUCCUCCAGGCUACGUCAUGCUAGGCCUCCUGCAGGGUCCCGAUGUCGGCGGUGACACUGUCUUCGCCGCUACGGAUAUGGCGUAUAAACGCCUUAGUCCGACGCUUCAGUCGUUCCUGGAUACGCUGAAGGUCGUGCAUAGCUCUGCCAAGAUGAUUAACCAUACCCGACUCACUGGGGGCUUGGUUAGAAAGGAUCCUGUUGACACUGUGCACCCGUUGAUCCGUGUGCAUCCUGUAACCGGAGAGAAAUGUCUGUUUCUGAAUGCGGAAUUCAUUACUCGUAUUCAGGGUAUGAAGGAGCCUGAGACUAAGUGGAUGACGGAUUUCUUGAUGAAUCAUAUCGUCACCGGUCAUGAUUUCCAGGCUAGAGUUAGGUGGCAGCCAAGGACUAUUGUCAUGUUUGAUAAUCGGUCGACUACUCACUCCGCUAUUGUUGAUUACCUGGAUGAAGAAUAUGGUGCCAAGGCUCGGCAUAUCUUCCGGCUUAUUGCGCUCGGCGAGAAGCCUAUUCCUGUGUACGACGAGUUUGAGUAA